AUGUCGAAAACACUUCUAAUCACCGGUGCCACCGGUAAACAAGGAGGCAGCGUCAUCACUGCACUCCUACAACAAAAUGCGGACGUGGAAAUCCUAGCCGUCACUCGCGAUGCCAACUCUAAGGGGGCUCAGAAGCUGAAGAAUAAGUCACCAAAGAUCAAAAUUGUCGAAGGCAACCUCAAUGAACCGGAAGAGAUCUUUGCGAAUGCCCAGAAAGUAACAUCGCAGCCCAUCUGGGGUGUUUUUAGUGUGCAGAUUCCGGACCGGGGCUCCUCGGAGACGGAAGCCGAAGAACGGCAAGGCAAAGCGCUGGUCGACGCAUCGCUCAAGCACGAUGUGAAAUUAUUCGUCUAUACAUCCGUGGACCGUGGUGGUGACGCUUCAUACGAUACUCCUACCCCGAUUCCUCAUUUCAUCUCAAAGCAUCAUAUCGAGCAUCACCUAGUGGAACAAACCAAGGGUACGGGGAUGGCGUGGACGAUCCUGCGCCCCGUCGCGUUCCUCGAGAACUUCACGCCCGAUUUCUUCGGUAAAAUCUUUACCACGUCAUGGAAGAUGGUGGUCAAGGAGAAGCGCUUGCAGUUGAUAUCUGUGGGAGAUAUUGGAUAUUUCGCGGCUCAAGCUUUCCUCAAGCCGGAGGAUUGGGCCAAUAAAUCACUUUCUUUGGCGGGGGAUGAUAUCACGUUUGAUGAUAUGGCUAAAAUAUUCAAGGCGAAGACGGGUCGGGAUGUUCCUUUGACGUUUGGCCUUUUCUCUUCUGGUUUGUUGUGGAUGAUGAAGGAUCUCGGGUUAAUGUUUCAGUGGUUUUAUGACACGGGCUAUGGAGCCGAUAUCUCCACUUUGAAGAAGAUGCAUCCUGGGUUGAAGGACUUUGAGACGUGGCUGGAGACUGAAAGUGGAUUCGUAUGA